AUGGUGCGCAACCUCCACCCGCGCAACAACCCCAACGCCCGCGUGUCAUCAUGGCUGCGCCGAAUCCCCGAUGAUCUCGAAAGUGAAGGUGACGAAACCUUGGUUAGCCCAUCGGUGUACGACCAGAGCUACCCGCGGUUGCAAAAAGACGAGCCCCGGUUUGCUAAGCUAGACUGGGAGUCGGAGGGGGGGAAGGAGGACCCGGAGGAGGACCGGCCGUACCAACAACCACAGGCACGAGCAACAGUGCCUACGAAGAAGUCAAUCCCGGCCCAUCCAAAAUUGGUACCCAAGGAGGUAUUCCAAACCACGACACUAAAACCCGCACCUCGUUCUCCGACCCGUACUCAACCACCACAACCCGGGGCUACACGACCAGAAGCAACCCCUCAACCUCAACCACCCUUGUUCAAACCUCAACCACCACCAAACCAAACCCCCAAACCCCCCCUCCCCCUCCCAGAACCCACAGCUCUCCCUUCCCCCCAAAAAGACACAACAACCACCCCCCUCCCAAUCCGCACCCAAAUCCUCACCAACUUCGCCCUCCACUGUCCCCUCUGCCAUCCCCCCCUCCCGCGUCCACUCCCGCACACUCCCUCCUCCACCGACACCUGCGCCCGCUGCGCCGCCGCUCGCUCUUACGUUUCUCGCACACACCACAGCCCUGCCUUCUUAGCGGGGCAUUUGUUGCCGAUUUCGGACGUGUUGAGCUUUGAGGAGGUGGUGGCGUAUUUGAAUCAGGCUGUUGUUGGGAGGUUGGCUAGGGAGGAGGGGAUGGGGAUGGGGGGUGGGAAGGGGAUGGGGAAUGGGGGGAAGAGGUUGAGGACGUGGCCGGUGUUGGAUGAUUAUGAUGUUGUGAGGGAGAUGGCGGUUGUGAGGGGACGGGUGGUGGGGGGGUUUGGGUUGGGGGUGGAUCGGUUUGGGAUGUUGAGGGAUCGGUUGAGGGAUUGA